UCCUCCGCGCGCCGGCGCGCAUCUGCGCCUCCGGAGGAUCGAGGAGCUGAGCGCUCAGCCUUUCGCCGCCUCGUCCGAGCCGCUGCUCUUCCCUAAGGCAAUUUUUGGAUAUUUUAUGCUGUACAAAGGUUAUCUGAGCAAUGGAACAUUCCUCCAGUUCCUCUAGAAAUGAAGAUUGUGAUGAUCCUAAGUUACAAUGGGAUCGAGUGAUGACUGAAAAAGAAUGGCUACAGUGCUGGGAAACAAGCAAUAUUGGAUUUCAUAAAAAUGAAGAACAUCAACUCCUGAAGAAAUACCUGGAUAUUUUUGUCAACGGCAGGAAAGAACUAAGGAUAUUUUUUCCACUUUGUGGGAAAGCUGUUGAAAUGAAAUGGUUAGCUGACAUGGGACACCAUGUGGUUGGUGUGGAGAUCAGCGAAAGUGCACUGAAAGACUUCUUCACCGAACAAAAUCUUUCAUUUACGGAAGAAAUGGUUCCAGAAAUCCCUGGAGCUAAAUUAUUGAAGAGCACAUCUCUGAAUAUUUGUCUGUACUGUUGCAAUAUCUAUGAUUUGACCAGCACUGUGACUGGUCAUUUUGAUGGGAUUUGGGACAGAGGCUCUCUAGUAGCUGUUAAUCCUUCUGAAAGAGAACGUUAUGCCCAGUUGAUCCUAUCACUAAUGAGUAGAAUGUGUCGCUGUCUUCUAGUUACUUUGUUAUAUGAUGCAAGAAAACACAAAGGUCCACCAUUCUAUGUUUCUGAUUCAGAAGUGGAAAGUUUAUUUGGAAACAACUGCGAUAUUCAGUGUCUUGAAAAAGUCCAUAGUUUGGAAGAGCGACAUAAGAAGUGGGGUUUAGAUUAUUUAUGGGAGGUUUUAUACCUGAUCAUAUUGAAAGAGCCAUGAUGACCCCCUAGACUUUUAAAUACUCUCAGAGGAUGAGGAGGACCACUUGGUUUCCAGACACCAUAAUAUUUCUGGUCUGAGGAUCAAUCAUUCUCAAGAUACUUCCUUCAAUUACUGAUAUCUCUGAUGGCAAUUUAUUUGAAAAUUCCCUUUGCAAAUAAACCUAUGUUGUUAAAAUAGAAUCCCAAGAGUUACAUCAGGAUUUGGGUUUUCUUCCCAUCAACCGGGUGCACAUUGAUCAUCAGCAUUAUGCCAAGCUAAAUAAAUAAGUAAUUGCA